UACCAACACAGAUCAGUCAGACAGACUUACACACAUCUCACUCAACUCAAUCUAAUGCUGGGAUCCUUCUGACAAUUCACAUGUUAGUGGGUUCAUCUGAGCUCAGACAUCCAGUAGGACCUCCUCUGGUGUCUCUCUCUGUGUCCCCUCUGGGGUUCAGUCUGUGCCUCUGCUGGAGCUGGACCAAAACGCACAUCUCUGAUACUCAUCAUAUGGACAAAGGCUUGAGUGAUGAGAGUUAGGUGUAGAUAGAGAAAGACAGACAGAGAGAUAGAGAGACAGUGGGUUGGGGGGGUUGAAAAGCCUUUGUUGGUUGCUGAAGCAAGGCGAGGAACCGUUGUCAACGGCGACGCAGGAGCAGCAUGUCUCAAAUGAAACGAUACACUUACAGCAGGACCACCAGCAGCGGCAGCAGCAGGAUGAGUUCAGAUGGAGGUGGGCGGCCUGUUAAGGUGGGCUCUCUAGUUGAGGUCAUUGGUAAAGGUCAUCGAGGCACCGUAGCAUAUAUCGGAAACACCCUCUUUGCCUCUGGAAAAUGGGUGGGAGUCAUUCUAGAGGAACCUAAAGGCAAGAAUGAUGGGACUGUGCAGGGUAAACGAUAUUUCACCUGUCAGGAGAACCAUGGGAUAUUUGUACGCCAAUCACAGAUCCAGUUAGUGGAAGAUGGGGCCGACACGACAUCUCCUGACACACCUGAAGCUGCCACCGGCAAAAUGCUGAAGCGGGAGCUAAUUGAAGGUCCAAAGUCAAACAAAGUGCAGCGAGGAACCAAACCCAAAAAGGCACCUACGACUCGUAAGACCACCACCAGAAGGCCCAAGCAAACGCGGGCUGGAGUGGGGGUGAAGGUGGGCUCAGGAUCAGCUUCUGCUGGAGAGAUAAGCAGCAGUGAACCCAGCACGCCUGCCCAAACACCACUGGCUGCUCCAGUUAUACCUUCACCUGUGGGAACACUGCCCUCACCCGGCGCUCCUCCCAUCCCGGGACCCACCAAGGAAGAGGAGUCACUGCGUGCCCAGGUGAAGGAUCUGGAGGAGAAGCUGGAGACGCUGAAGAUGAAGAGGACAGAGGACAAGGCAAAGCUGAAGGAGCUUGAGAAGCACAAGAUUCAGCUGGAGCAGUUGCAGGAGUGGAAGAGUAAGAUGCAGGAACAACAAAAUGAACUGCAGAAACAACUCAAGGAGGCCAAGAAGGAAGCUAAUGAAGCUCUUGAAGCUAAAGAGCACUACAUGGAAGAGAUGGCAGAUACAGCAGAUGCCAUUGAGAUGGCCACACUGGAUAAGGAGAUGGCUGAAGAGCGGGCCGAGUCACUGCAACUGGAGGCUGACGCUCUUAAAGAGAGAGUGGAGGAGUUGACCAUGGACUUGGAGAUACUCAAACAUGAGAUAGAGGAAAAAGGAUCAGAUGGAGCAGCAUCUAGUUUCCAUGUGAAGCAGUUAGAGGAGCAGAAUGCUCGACUGAAGGAGGCUUUGGUGAGGAUGCGUGACUUGUCUGCAUCAGAGAAACAAGAGCAUGCAAAGCAACAGAAGCUAAUGGAAAAGAAGAAUUUUGAGCUGGAUGCGCUGAGAUGCCAGAAAGAGAAGCUACAGGAGGAAAUGAAGAUGGCUGAAAAAACAAUUGAUGAGCUCAAAGAGCAAGUGGAUGCUGCUCUCGGGGCGGAGGAGAUGGUGGAGAUGUUGACGGAGCGUAAUCUGGACCUGGAGGAGAAAGUACGGGAGCUCAGAGAAACUGUCACAGAUCUGGAAGCCAUCAAUGAGAUGAAUGAUGAGCUGCAGGAGAAUGCCAGAGAGACGGAGCUGGAGUUGAGAGAGCAGUUGGAUCUGAGUGCUGCCAGCAUCAGGGAGGCGGAGAAGCGGGUGGAGGCGGCACAAGAAACGGUGGCAGACUAUCAGCAGACCAUCCAGAAAUACAGAGAGCUCACCGCAAACCUGCAGGAGGUGAACAGGGAGCUGAUGAGCCAACAGGAAGCUAGCACCGAGCAGCAGCAACAGCCUGCAGAGAUCUUCGAUUUCAAGAUCAAAUUUGCAGAAACCAAAGCUUACGCCAAGGCCAUAGAAAUGGAGCUGCGUAAAAUGGAGGUAGUUCAAGCUAACAGACAGGUGUCACUGCUGAUUUCCUUUAUGCCUGACUCCUUCUUGAAACACGGAGGAGACCAUGACUGUAUCCUGGCUCUACUGCUCAUCCCACGACUCAUCUGCAAGGCAGAGCUGAUCAGUAAGCAGGCUCAGGAGAAGUUUGAGUUGACGGAGACGUGCUCUCAGAAGGCUGGAAUGAGAGGAGCCGUCGGAGAGCAGCUGAGCUUUGCUGCUGGACUCAUCUAUUCUCUCACACUGCUACAGGCAACACUGCACAAAUAUGAACAUGCUCUGAGUCAGUGCAGUGUGGACGUGUACAAGCGUGUGGGUUCUCUGUACUCCGAGAUGAGCGUUCAUGAGCGAUCCCUGGAUUUCCUCAUAGACCUCUUAUACAAAGACCUGCUGGAUGAAACAGUCAAUGUGGAACCUCUUACUAAAGCUAUUAAAUACUAUCAGCACCUUUACAGUAUUCAUCUCGCCGAACAGCCUGAGGACUGUACCAUGCAGCUAGCAGACCACAUCAAAUUUACCCAGAGUGCUCUGGACUGUAUGGCAGUAGAGGUGGGGCGUCUGAGGGCCUUCAUACAGACAGGGCAGGACGAGGAAGCGUUUUGUGUGCUGCUGAAGGAUCUGGACACUUCCUGUAGUGACAUACGACAGUUCUGCAAGAAGAUCCGUCGUCGCAUGCCAGGCACAGACGCACCGGGCAUCCCAGCUGCCCUCAGCUUUGGACCACAGGUGUGCGAGACCCUGGCUGAGAGCAGAAGGCAGCUGGCCUGGGUGAAUGCAGUGCUGCAGGAAGUGGCAGCGGCAGCCGCUCAGCUUAUCGCCCCUCUCAGCGAACAUGAGGGACUGCCAGCCGUCAAACUGGAAGACAUGGCCUUUAAAGCAGCUGAACAGAUCUAUGGGUCACAGGGCAUAAACGCUCAGGAGUGUCUGCGCCAGUCAUGCAGUGUGGUCAUUGCAACAAUGAACAAGAUGGCUACUGCUAUGCAGGAGGGAGAAUAUGACUCUGAAAGACCACAGAAUGGAAUAUCUCCUGUGGAAGUCCGAGCAGCGGCACUAAGGGCAGAAAUCACUGAUGCUGAAGGACUCGGCCUCAAACUUGAAGACAGAGAAACUGUCAUCAAAGAGCUUAAGAAAUCCCUUAAAAUAAAGGGAGAGGAACUGAGCGAGGCCAAUGUGCGUCUCAGUUUAUUGGAGAAAAAGCUGGACAGUGCGUCUAAAGAUGCGGAUGAGCGAGUGGAGAAGAUCCAGACGGUCCUAGAUGAGACCGUUUCGCUCCUGAAAAAGAAGGAAAAGGAGUUUGAGGAGACCAUGGAUGCUCUCCAGGCUGACAUAGAUCAACUAGAGGCAGAGAAAUUAGAGCUUAAGCAGAGAAUCAACAGCCAAUCAAAGAUGACCAUGGAGGGCCUGAGAGGAAGUCAAGGCUCUGGCAUCGCCUCCAUUGUGACUUGUGGCAUCAGUGCUGGUGUGUGUGCGGCUGCAGGAGUGCAAGUGAUAGAUUCUCCACUGCUGACUCAGCAGAUUGAAGCUCAAAGACUCAGUAUAAAGCACCUGAAGAACGAGAACAACAGACUAAAGGCAGAAAAGAUGCGUGCUCAGCUGGCAUCUCUUCCUCCUCUGAACGUGCCAAAGCUGGGCUGGCGAGAGGGCUGCAGGCCUGAGGUGUUGUCUAGCGCCCUCUACCGCAAAACAGACCAACUACUGGAUACUCUCCUUCAGAUGAGUGCCAAUGUGAAAGUGGUGGACAUCACAGGGAAAUCUCCAGUGAGUCCCAGUGCGCAGCUCCUAGAGCAAACAGCAAGACUGCAGUCGCUCAGUGACACACUCGAUAGGCUUAAGGAUGAGGUUGCUGAACAUGUAGUGACUCACAGGCCUGGUGCUCAAGUCUCGUCUGAUUUCGCCACUUUUCCCUGCACUUCCUUUGUGAAGGCAAAAGAGGAGAAGAAAGGAGAUGCUGUGUUAGUCGGUCGUGUGAUGAUGCCUUGCGCCCGAGGGCAGGAACAGGUGCAUCGUCUGAUGCUUUCAAAGACACAGUUACAGAGAGUUCAUUGCCUUCUCCAGACUUAAGAUAGCCCCAAAAAACAAACUUACUCACAUUCAGUCUUCAAAACAACAGAUAUAAUGGAGAAUCUAUCUAGGGCCACAAACCAAUAACAAAAAAACGCAAUAAAUCAAGUCAAGCAUCUGGAAAGCUUUGAUUAUAUCUACCACACCAAAUCUGUAAAAUGAUACAUAAAGGCUACAGAUUUCAAACAUGAGACAUGCUGAGGACAUUUGAACAAUUAGACUUUAUUAACAUGGCAUGAAAUGGAUGAUUCAGCAUGAUUUCUGCUGCUUUAUACCUGUAUCCAUUCAAUCCCUUUCUUUCUCUUCCUGAUUUGGAUCCCCAUUGAUCCAUGUUUACAAGUAUUUAGCUAAAAGAAUUAUAGUUCAAAUUGUGUAUGUGUUUAAUUAGUGGUGCUUCCUCAGUGAUUUCACUUAAAGCGAUAGUUGACCCAAAAAUGAAAAUUUGAAAAAAAUGAAAUUUGCUGUCUAUGCAGGGUCAGAAAGCUCUUGGAUUUCAUAAAAAAUGUUGAUGAUCUUAAUUUGUGUUCCAAAGAUGAAUGAAGGUCUUACAGAUUUGGACUGACAUGAGGGUGAGUAAUUAAUGACAGAAUUUGAAUUUUGGGGGAACUAUCUCUUUAAAGUUUUCAACUGACGGGUGAUAAAACAGGAAAAAUGCCAAUAAAAUGGAGGUAGAGACCCGAGUCAUGUGAUUUGACCAGUAAACAUCCACCCGAAAACUCUAGUAACCACAUAGCAAUUGCAUCGCAACAUACUAAGAACAAUUGAAAAUCUUAUCGCAUUGCUCUAGCAACUACCUGCAGCACCCUAGCAUUGUGGCAUCAUGUCCUGCAUGCACAAGCAUUGCUUACAUUAUCUUCAUAAAAUUCAUGCAUUCAAAUGUGCAUUCUCAUUUGUGGUUGUUCGUCGAAUUUAAAUGGGGCAAAAUCCUGUCAUUUCAACUGGGAAUCCACCCGACUGGAAAUUCCCCAUGCAGAUUUCAUAACAGAUUCAAGUUGGCCAUGUGGAUUGGCUGCAUUAACCAAAAGGAAGCUGCUUAGUUUGAAAGCGACUUCUGUGUGAGCUGUGGCUUACAAAAUGUCACUGAAAUGCUAAUGUGAAUGCACCUCAAUUAUCAACUGUUUCCAUCCUAUGAUUUGUCAUUUUAUACAUGCAGUGUUUACAGAACCUUCUGAAUCAGGAGGCCAAAGGUAAACAAAACCCCAAUUUUGGGGCUCUAUUUAUGUACUGUAAACAAGCACACGUUAAAUGAUUCAGCGUAGGACCGCUACGUUUUUCUCGUUAAAACAGAUCAGACGCUACUUUAUCAGUGAUUCCUUGGCACAACCCUCUUCAUAUACUCAUAACAGUUACUCAAGUAUCAGACAGGAAAGAUAAUGUAUUCUCAUUCACAUUUCAAAUAUAAUAACAGUCAAAGAUUUAAAAGCUCUGUGUGCUUGACUGUGAUGCUUGAAUGUGCCAUGCCAAUGUGCUUUUGUAAAGAAAAUACAAUACAAAUUUGAAUGAAUGAUCAGAUUUAGUGCCAAGCAAGGGCAGGAUAACAUCAGGUGAAUGCUGCUGUGGGCAAAAAUAGAGAAGACAUCAUAUAACAAUAUUUAUUAACUGUUGAAUAUUUGCUUCAAGAGAUUGUCAGUAUUCAAGUGGUCUUAAGUUAGCAAUUGUUUGCUUUGUUACUAUUGUCUAAGUUAUUAACCUGUUAUUAAACUGUAUAAAAUGCAUACUGUUGCUUACAGUAUUGUUGAAUGUGUUGGCAUCUUAUAUAAUGUGAGUCAAUGAAAUAAAUUAUGUCAGAAAAUUU